GAAUGGCUUGCUUGAAACUUUACACAGUCCUGCUGCUGGCUGUCAUCGUUGGCAUCGUCGCUGCGAAACCAGGAUACCUGGGUGGAUACGGAUACGGCGGAUUCGGAUAUCCUUACGGCGGUUACGGCUACAAAUACCCGUUUUACGGAUAUGGACACGGUUAUGGACAUGGUUAUGGAGGCUACGGACACUACGGUUACGGUCAUGGAUUCGGCCACUAUGGCUAUCUCUAAUCGAACAGACGAC